AUGGGUCGUAAGGCGGCACCGCAGCCGCUGGCGCUUUCGUCUCAGACUUCGCCUCAGGCCCAAGCCCAAGCACAAUCCCAGUCUGAAUCUGGCGCUGCUUUACGCAGUAGAGACGAUUCGCCGACUGCUGAAACCGUUUCUCCAGGUGUGUCGCCGGUCGAGUCCAAAUCGCCCCGGUCUCCCCGCUCCUCUCCUUUCCAUAGUCGGUUUUCACCCUUGAGAAACCAAGGUGGAAAGCACAGGAAAGCGUCACACACGACAUCUGCAUUAGCAGACGCAACUGCAGAGGGGAAGCCAUCAUCGUCAACGCCACCACCACAACCAUCAGCACCGGUGCCAAUACCUGUACAACGGCCCUCCACUGCCACAACAUCCACCGAAUGGAGUAGGGAAGAAUCCGUGCCAAGACAGCCUUUACGGCAGACGCGCGAGGAUCCCUCGACCUAUCCCUCUAUCUCUUCUACACUUGAAGACCAUCUACCUGAUCCACUAGCAACAACUGCGGCUACCACGCAGUCUAAAGCGAUACAACAACCAAUCCCAAGCGAACUAAAGAAAGGUGCUAAAAACGGUUUCUUCCAUUUUAAUAAGCAAAACAAAUCUGCAAGUCAGUCUCAAUCGCAUGCCCACCACCGUAAACAAACCGAGACGAGAGCCCAGGUAUUGUCGAGGGGCAGUGACGGAUCCAAUCGACCAAGACACGGAGACAAACACGAUCCAAGCCCAAGUGCCUCAUACACCGAACAUACUCUACACAAACCUGUCUCCGCCGAUCCUCUUCGAAGCGACUUGUCCUUAUCAUCCGCUGGCGACUACGAUACCGUUUCACCUCAGUCUUCAACAAAGAAAGGGAGGUCGAAGCCUUUUGGUCUACUGAACCGCAGCCGAUCCAAUCGCGACAAGGAAGACGCCAGCCCCGAGCUGAACCCGGCCUCUUCUCGUCAAGGCAACGAACCUGAACUGCACCUGAAUUCUGUGCCGUACAAGACUACGAACCAAGGUGGUGAUCGUUCUAUCAGAGACAUGAUGAACUCUGCAGUCCGAAAUCGAUCCGAGGACCGCGCGCCGAGAGAUUCGUCUUCUACCAGAAGGGCACAACGCGACAAGGAAUCAAAGACCCAACCGUCCUCCCUGAACGAGAACGGAGGCUCUUUUUUCAAUGGCCUCAAGACCUCUGGUACCCGUGCCGCUGGCAUGCUGAGUGACCGUUUUUUCAACAAAAGUGGGCGUGGUGGUCGAGAAGAUAAGGAUGCUCUUGACGAUGAACAUUAUCAAAUAAAAGUUAUCAACUUACCACUAGUUGAACAAACACGAUUGACGAGAAUAUCAAAGCGCCUCGAGGAUUCAAGGGAUAAGACAGAGUUCUGGAUGCCUGCCUUUCCUUGGCGAGCAAUAGAUUAUCUAAACUAUAAGGGAUGCGAAGUCGAGGGUCUUUAUCGUGUUCCGGGCAGUGGGCCUCAGAUCAAGAAAUGGCAGCGCAAGUUCGAUGAACAAUUCGACGUCAACCUGUUCAACGAGCGCGAUCUUUACGACAUCAACAUAAUUGGUUCGAUGCUAAAGGCUUGGCUACGAGAACUUCCCGACGAGCUGUUUCCUAAAGCGGCACAGGAUCGAAUCGCGAGAGAAUGCGCAGGUGCUGAGGAAGUUCCUGAGCUACUUAUCGAAGAGCUCUCGAAUCUCUCCCCUUUCAACUAUUAUCUGCUUUUUGCCAUUACCUGCCACCUCAGUCUUCUCUUAGCUCACUCGGAUAAAAACAAGAUGGACUUUAGGAACCUGUGCAUCUGCUUCCAGCCGUGCAUGAAGAUCGACGCGUUCUGCUUUAAGUUCUUGGUGUGCGACUGGCGCGACUGCUGGAGAGGAUGCAAGAACGAGGCCAAGUAUAUCGAGGAGGAAUACAUGAUCUUCGACCAGCCUCCGCCAAAGGGUCUCGCUGAACCAGCAAAGCCAAGACCACAAGAUGAGUCGGAGGACGACCGACAACAACUCUCCUCUUCGGGGAGCAGCAAGCAGUCAGGCCGCCUCAGUCCCAACGACCAGCAACCAAAGCUGAAGAAGAAACAGCUCCAGAUAUCCCCCUCCAACGGCAGCGUCGUCUCGAACGAAUCGACUGCCCCAACUGCCUUGACCAUCAAUAGCGACCGCGAGUUAGGCAGAACCUCGAGCGAACUGCGGCCUUUGUCGCCCAUUAUGCCUUUAUCUCCCCUCGGCUUCUGA